AUGCGACCCCUGUAUUCUAACUACAUUGCUGCGUCUGAUGCAUGCAUUGCAGCCCUCGACUCGCAGACAGCCGGCGACGCACCAACAGCUCCGUCACUAAGCAACACGAAUCUGGGUGACUCCUCUGACGCCGGAAGUGAAACGAGUUCACUUCAUGAUGCACAACCUCCCCCUAAAAAUACACCAAGAUAUGCUCACGUGAACAUCCACAGUCCCCGCAUGCGCGGCGGAUCUCGCCACCCAAGAGGAGAAGUAUCGAAGCCCAUAUUCGCCACAAACCGCCAUCAGGAGCCCUACGUGGUUAGCGCCUUCGUGACUGUGGCUCAACCACACGAAAGUGCAACUCGCUUCGGCCGAGCACUUCUGACGCCGCAGAUAGGCAUGAGCGAAGUCUCAUCUCAAAGUUCGGACACGACAAUUCGCUUCGAGGAUGUAUCCUCAAGCUGCGUGGCGUAUCAUAACUCCAAGAGACGUUUUCGCCUGUCCACACCACUACGGGAGCUUGACACCGGAGAGGGGGAUCGUGCCUUGGAAAAACUGAAGGCUUUCGCCGACAACGCAUGUGUGGAUACUGAUGAACCAGAUGAUUGCAGCAUUAAGGGAAUAAAUACUUUUGAUGGAGUCAGCGUAAGCUGCGCUGAUGCUGUGAAGGCAUGGUACAACCAAGUUCACGACUACACGUACGAGCACUACUCGCGUUGGCAUUUCAAGAAAACAGGCUCCUUCACCCUCUUGAUGUGGGCUGAUUCCGAAAAGUUGAGUUGCUUUCAAACGAAAGGAUGUAACAUGAUUGGAAAGCCGGAAAGGCUCUUGUGCGCCUACUCUCCCGCAGGAAACACUGUCGGAGAAUACCCUUUCAGCCUCAGUCAGUGGGAGAGCAUAGUCGCGAGAGACGGACUGCCGCAAGUUACCGUCGUCAUUGGUGGAUCAUCAAGCGAGGAAACACCUUCUACAACAACAUCAACCUCGACUACAACAACAAGUACCACACGGACGACGACUACCACGACUUCAACCACGACUACGACCACGACGAGAACUUCUACCACAACAACUACAUCUACGACUACAAGCACGACCACAAGCCCGCCUGCCGCAGAUUUCACGGAUGAGUGCCUGCGAGCGCACAAUGAAAAGAGAGCAGUAGGGAUGUCAACACCAAUCCGGGAGCUGGAACGAAACAGCGCGGCUAUCAAGCAAGCAGAGUCGUAUAAAACACAAAUGGAACAGCGAAGCUGUCCAUUUCAACACAGCGGAGUCAUGCAGUACGGCGAGAACCUGUAUAGGUCAUCUUUUCAAGCAUCAUGCUCCGACGCUGUUGAACUGUGGUACAGCGAGGUAGACAACUACAAAUACUAUACCUCAAUUAACUCCUUCAAUUACCAGCAGUUUGGCCACUUCACCCAAGUUAUGUGGGCGAACAGCACUGGCCUAGGAUGCGCGUACAGCUCGAAAUGCGGUACGAUCGUGUGCAACUACUACCCACCCGGGAAUUACCUUGGGCAGUAUCCCUUUAGUCGCGCACAGUACGACAGCAUUCGGCAGAGGGACGGAUAG